GGUUGGGCGUUGCGGGGAGGCCGGGUCGCUGAGCGGCGGCGCGGCCCCUCCCUCCCCAGUCAGGGAGCGAGGCCCUGAGUUGGGCGGAGGCUGGUCCCAGGGCACACCGCGGCGCGCCCGCGGGGCUCAGGCUAGCGGCCGUACGGCCGGGAGCGCGGGGGCCGCUGCCGACGCCCCCUGCGGGGCGCCCUCGGCCCGCUGGGCCGGGGCUCGGGCGUGGGUGGGGGCCCCGCGGGACGGCGGCCCACCUGGAGGGUUCGAAUCCGGGCGCUGGCUCCUAGAGGCGCUAGGCCCUCGGGCUGCGGCGGUCACGAUCACUGCAGCCACCAUUUGCCGAGGGCCGGGCCGGGCCGGGCCGCGCGGCGUGUUCGCCUGGUGUCAUCCAAACAGCAGUCCCGUAUGACAGGAUUUGUGGGUGGAAGGCAGGCAUGGUCAGAACCAUUUCACUGACAGGAAAACAGAGACAGGACGUGUCUCUCUCCACGUCUCUCAGCCAGUAGAAGCUGCCAAGCUGGAGCCCAAAGCCAGGUGUCCUGACUCCCAGCGGGGGGCUCCCUGCACCAACCAUGAGCCGCCUGCUCUGGAGGAAGGUGGCCGGCGCCACCGUCGGGUCAGGGCCGGUUCCAGCUCCGGGGCGUUGGGCCUCCAGCUCCGCCUCCGUCCCCGUCCCCAGCGACGGGCAGCCACGGCCGCAGCCGCCGCCAGCGCCAUCCUCGGAGGGCGGGCAGCUGCGGCACAACCCACUGCACAUCCAGAUGCUCUCGAGAGGGCUUCACGAGCAAAUCUUCGGGCGCGGCGGGGAGAGGCCCGCCGAGGAAGCGGUGCGCCGCAGCGUCGAACACCUGCAGAAGCACGGGCUCUGGGGGCAGCCGGCCGCGCCCUUGCCCGACGUGGAGCUGCGCCUACCGCCCCUCUACGGGGGCAGCCUGGACCAGCACUUCCGCCUCCUGGCCCAGAAGCAGAGCCUGCCCUACCUGGAGGCGGCCAACUCGUUAUUGCAGGCCCAGCUGCCCCCCCGGCCCCCGAGCUGGGCCUGGGCGGAGGGCUGGACCCGGUACGGCCCCGCGGGGGAGGCCGAACCCGUGGCCAUCCCCGAGGAGCGGGCCCUGGUGUUCGACGUGGAGGUCUGCUUGGCAGAGGGAACUUGCCCCACGUUGGCGGUGGCCAUAUCCCCCUCGGCCUGGUAUUCCUGGUGCAGCCGGCGGCUGGUGGAAGAGCGUUACUCUUGGACCAGCCAGCUGUCGCCGGCUGACCUCAUUCCCCUGGAGGUCCCUGCCAGUGCCGGCGGCAGCCCCACCCAGCGAGACUGGCAGGAGCAGUUAGUGGUGGGGCACAACGUUUGCUUUGACCGAGCCCAUAUCAGGGAGCAGUACUUGAUCCAGGUCUCCCGCAUGCGCUUCCUGGACACCAUGAGCAUGCACAUGGCCAUCUCAGGGCUGAGCAGCUUCCAGCGCAGUCUGUGGAUGGCCGCCAAGCAGGGCAAGCGCAAGGCCCGGCACCGCACACAGCGAGGCCAGAAACCCCAGAGCAAAGCCAACGGCCCAGCGGUCUCAUCCUGGGACUGGCUAGACCUCAGCAGUGUCAAUAAUCUGGCAGACGUGCACAGCCUCUACGUGGGGGGGCCACGCGUAGAGAAGGAGCCCCGCGAGCUGUUUGUUAAGGGUAGCAUGAAGGACAUCCGGGAGAACUUCCAGGACCUGAUGCAGUACUGUGCCCAGGACGUGUGGGCCACCUAUGAGGUUUUCCAGCAGCAGCUACCGCUCUUCUUGGAGAGGUGUCCCCACCCGGUGACUCUGGCUGGCAUGUUGGAGAUGGGUGUCUCCUACCUGCCCGUCAACCAGAACUGGGAGCGUUACCUGGCGGAGGCACAGAGCACCUACGAGGAGCUCCAGCGGGAGAUGAAGAAGUCGCUGAUGGACCUGGCCAACAAUGCCUGCCAGCUGCUCUCAGGAGAGAGGUACAAAGAAGAUCCCUGGCUCUGGGACCUGGAGUGGGACGUGCAGGAGUUUAAGCAGAAGAAGGCAAAGAAAGUGAAGAGGAAGGAGCCUCUUGCCGCAGCCAGCAAGUUGCCUAUCGAGGGGGCUGAGGCCCCUGGGGAUCCCAAGGAUCAGGAAGACCCCGGCCCCCCCAGCGAGGAGGAGGAGUUUCAACGAGAUGUCACAGCUCGCGCCUGCUUUGAGCAGCUGAGGGGGACCACAGAACAACUGCCCAAGCGGCCCCAGCACCUUCCUGGACACCCAGGGUGGUAUCGGAAGCUCUGUCCUCGGCUAGAUGACCCUGCAUGGACCCCAGGCCCCAGUCUUCUCAGUCUCCAGAUGCGGGUCACACCUAAACUCAUGGCGCUGACCUGGGACGGCUUCCCUCUGCACUACUCAGAGCAGCACGGCUGGGGGUACCUGGUGCCCGGGCGGCGGGACAACCUGCCUGAGGUGCCAGAGGACCCCAGCCUAAUAGCGGCGGGGGCGGCCUGCCCAUACACAGGGAAUCAUGGAAGGCCCCCGGCGAGCUGCCCGGCCCUGGGGGGCCCGCCAGUAAUCAGAGGCCGCCGCUGCUGUUCUCUGCGCAGAGCCAUCGAGUCCCUGUACAGGAAGCACUGUCUUGAACAGGGGAAGCAGCAGCUGGAGCUGCAGGAGGCAGACCUGGCUGAGGAGUUCCUGCUCACUGACAGCAGCACCAUGUGGCAGACGGUGGAAGAACUGGGCUGCUUAGACGUGGAGGCCGAGGCCAAGAUGGAGAACCUGCGAGUGGCAGUUCCAGGUCAACCCCCAGCUCUGACUGCUGCUGGUGGCCCAAAAGCCAGCCAGCCAGCUUAUCACCAUGGCAACGGACCCUACAACGAUGUGGAUAUCCCUGGCUGCUGGUUCUUCAAGCUGCCUCACAAGGAUGGUAACAGCUGCAAUGUGGGCAGCCCCUUUGCCAAAGACUUCCUGCCCAAGAUGGAGGAUGGCACCCUGCAGGCUGGCCCAGGAGGUGCCAGUGGGCCCCGUGCCUUGGAAAUCAACAAAAUGAUUUCUUUUUGGAGAAAUGCCCAUAAACGUAUCAGCUCCCAGAUGGUGGUGUGGCUGCCCAGGUCAGCUCUGCCCCGUGCGGUGACCAGGCACCCAGACUACGAUGAGCAAGGCCGCUACGGGGCCAUCCUGCCCCAGGUGGUGACCGCCGGCACCAUCACUCGACGGGCUGUGGAGCCCACGUGGCUCACUGCCAGCAACGCCCGGCCUGACCGAGUAGGCAGUGAGUUGAAGGCCAUGGUGCAGGCCCCACCCGGCUACGUCCUGGUGGGUGCUGACGUGGACUCACAGGAGCUGUGGAUCGCAGCUGUGCUCGGAGAUGCCCACUUUGCCGGCAUGCAUGGCUGCACGGCCUUCGGGUGGAUGACACUGCAGGGCAGGAAGAGCAAGGGCACCGAUCUACAUAGUAAGACCGCUGCCACAGUGGACAUCAGCCGUGAGCACGCCAAGAUCUUCAACUAUGGCCGCAUCUACGGGGCGGGGCAGCCCUUUGCUGAGCGCCUGCUAAUGCAGUUCAACCACCGGCUCACGCGGCAGGAGGCAGCUGAGAAGGCCCAACAGAUGUAUGCGGUCACCAAGGGCCUCCGCAGGUAUCGGCUGUCAGAUGAGGGCAGGUGGCUGGUGAGGGAGUUGGACCUCCCUGUGGACGGGACCGAGGAUGGCUGGGUUUCCCUGCAGGAUCUGCGCAAGAUCCAGAGAGAAGCUUCAAGGAAAUCGCGAUGGAGGAAGUGGGAGGUGGUUGCUGAACGAGCCUGGAUGGGGGGCACAGAGUCAGAAAUGUUCAAUAAGCUGGAGAGCAUUGCCACAUCUGACACACCACGUACCCCGGUGCUAGGCUGCCGCAUCAGCCGAGCCCUGGAGCCCUCUGCUGUCCAGGGGGAGUUUAUGACCAGCCGUGUGAAUUGGGUGGUGCAAAGCUCCGCUGUGGACUACUUACACCUCAUGCUUGUGGCCAUGAAGUGGCUGUUUGAGGAGUUUGCCAUUGAUGGGCGCUUUUGCAUCAGUAUCCACGAUGAGGUUCGCUACCUGGUGCGGGAGGAGGACCGCUACCGCGCUGCUCUCGCCCUGCAGAUCACCAAUCUCUUGACCAGGUGCAUGUUUGCCUACAAGCUGGGUCUGAAUGACUUGCCCCAGUCAGUCGCCUUUUUCAGUACAGUCGAUAUUGACCAGUGCCUCAGGAAGGAAGUGACCAUGGAUUGUAAAACCCCUUCCAACCCAACUGGAAUGGAAAGGAGAUACGGGAUUCCCCAGGGUGAAGCGCUGGAUAUUUACCAGAUAAUUGAACUCACCAAAGGCUCCCUGGAAAAAUGAAGCCAGCCUGGACCAUAGCUCUGCCUGGAGGCUCUGUAUUUGCUCCCGUGGAGCUUCAUCGGGGCGGUGCAGGCUCCUAAACUCAGGCUUUCAGCUGUGCUUUUUGCAAAAGGGCUUGCCUAAGGCCAGCCAUUUUUCAGCAGCAGGACCUGCCAAGAAUGAUUGCCUCUAACUGAAGGUGCAGUUGAGUUCAGAACCAAGAUGCCAACACUGGUGCAGGCUGAGGACAAGGGGGCAUUGUUGCUUGUUGGGUAAAAAGAAAGCAGAAGCCCCAAAGUUCACGUUAACUCAGGCAUUUCAUUUCUUUUUUCCUUUUCUUCUUGGCUGGUUCUUUGUUCUGUCCCUCGUGCUCUGAUGCAGUGCCCUAGAAGGGGAGAGAAGUAAUGCUCUAAAUGUGAUAAAGCUGCUCGGAGGCAGUGGAAAUAAAAACAAAAGUCCUUUAUCUUCUCA